CCUACCAUUUAUAUUUCAGAAUACAUUACGAAGGAAACACAGCAGUUGAGGAAGCUCAAAGAAAGCGAAGCAAGACACACAUCAUGGUUACCAAACCAGUGGUAUUAUUUCUCGUUGCCCUUUGCCUCCUCCAGGUGUUACACGGAGGGCUGUCUGUACCUGGAGUGUUCCGCAGAUCCGUAGAGGUGGAGAGUACGUCUCAGCCCGUGAACACAAGCAUUCUGACCAACGCACAGGAAACUACCCCUAAGACGCUGGAAGACUGGAAGAUUAGUUUCGAAAGUCUGUUCGAAGAAUCGAGACAGCUGGAAGGUUUGAUGCAAAGUCUGAACAGAAGUCUGCAAGGACUGUCUUCUGCCCUGGACGAAAUAGGAAAUACGCUACAAAACGCACUACAAAAUUCCACUAGAACAAGUUCCUCUACCACACCUCUUCCAACGUAGCAACCCUCUCACGGAAUAUAAAAAACAACAUUGAAAGCAAUUUACUCUGCUCGUUUUUCCGAAAGAUCCGUGGUUCAGUGGCGCAGUGGUUCACAGGCUGUGUUACUUAACCUCUACUGAAUAUUAUAAUUGCAAGAGGUGAAUGCUAUAUAUUCCAAUAUUAAUUUAAGAUAAAUACAAUUUAUGAUAUUAGAUGCUGCUCUACUUCUUGGA